AUGACUACUGUCGGUAUUAUCACCAUCGCAUUCUUCACUUUGGCACUGACCAUCUCGGCAAAGCCAACCAAAGUGCGACCAGUACAACAAUACAAUAUCUGCAAAAUACCAAAAUAUUUGAUUGCAGAAACUACUGCUGACAGUGUGCAAGCACACCGAAAAACGCCAUCAGGAGCACUGAAGAACCUCAGCGGCAAAGGGGUGUACGUCGACAAUGCCGAAUACAGUUCCGAAUCUUCCGAAAUUGAGGAAAUGACAGUAAUCGUUUACUUAGUUUUAUAG